AUGGCCCACAGGCCGCGGGAAGUGCUUUCCAAGGUCGAACGUGAUGCGCUUAGAGAACUCAAGGCCGACAAAGAUCUGGUCAUCGUGCCAGCGAACAAAGGACGCACCACAGUUGUACUGGACAGGACAGAUUACCUUCAAAAAGCCAAAGGUUUACUGGAGGAUCGACAGUUCUAUGUCCCAUGUGCAACGAACCCUUUAAAGGCGCUGACACGCCAAAUUAAUGCUAUGAUGCUGGCCUUGGAGAACUCAGGUGCAAUAACACCGACCGACAGACGCAUGACGAGACCCCAAGAUACGGCUUUGGCCCGAACCUAUGGCCUCUCUAAAGUGCACAAAGACGGCGCUCCUCUCCGACCCAUCGUGUUGCUCAAUGGGACUCCAACGUACGGACUGGGUAAGUGGCUGUUCCGGCGUCUCAAGUUCCUGACCGCUGAGUCGGACACCACGGUCACUUCGUCAGCACAAUUUCUGGAGAAACUCAAAGGGGUAAGCAUCCAUCCAAAUUAGGUCAUGGUAUCUUUUGAUCUUACAUCCCUUUUACUUCUAUUCCCCAGGACCUGGCGAUCGAGACAAUUGAACUGCUCCUACAAAGCAAAUACGAUGAAACGGAGAACCGUCUUGGACACGCCCAAGUACUUCAGCUCUUGAAGCUCUGUCUCAGGACGUACUUAACGUUCGACGGGACAAUCUACGAACAGGUGAAGGGCGCACCAAUGGGUUCGCCGAUUUCGGGAUUCAUCGCCAAGACGGUCCUGCAACGGUUAGAGUCGCUGGUCUUCCAACACCACAGACCGAAAUUCUGGGCCCGGUAUGUGUAUGAUACAUUCGUCGUCAUCGAACGGGAUCAGGUGUUGACAUUCCAAGAAAAUCUCAACGCCGUCUUCGCGGACAUUCAAUUAACGAUGGAGGAGGAAGAGAACAACCAGCUGGCCUUCCUGGAUGUCCUCGUAUGCCGUAAGUAUUGUGGUAGACUGAAGACCAAAGUGUUCAGGAAAGCGACAAAUACGAUGCAAGUGCUGAACUUCAGCAGUAACUACCCAAGCAGCCACAAACGCAGUUGUGUAUGGACGCUCUAUCGGCGUGUCGAAACGCACUGCAGUGAGCCGGAAGACAAAAUUGCUGAACUACAAUACCUCCGACGGGACUUCAAAGCCAAUGGCUACCCGCGCAACUUCAUCGACCGCUGCAUACGCGAAAGGGACAAAAGGGCCUAA